UCCCUAUUCCAGUCUCGGUUCACGUCUCCUCCGCCCGUCCUUUCUUAUGAUGGUGGUGGAGCGCAACAGGAGCGCCACCGACGGAAGCCAGAGACGCCGCCGCUGACGCCGGAGGGCGAGGGUGAUGGAGACAUUCCGCUCCCAGCGAUCCCUCCUCGCCGACCGCUUCCUCGGCCUCUUCGCCGCACCUCCCCGGUCCUCCGCCCCGGCCGGGGACGAGCUCCAUGAGGACGACGUCUUCUGGAUUGGCUCCGAGGCCUCCCCCUGCGACCCGAUCCGCGACGGCUCCACCAGACCCGUCCCUCCCGCCGUCGUGGGGACCCGGAAACCUAGCCGUUCCCUCUCCGCCCUCCCCGGCGCCGGACCAUGCCACAUCUCCCUCCUGAGCUCCGGCAUCCUCGCCGCCCUCUCGGAGGACGACGAGAAGCUGCAUCCGUUUGUCCACCGGAAGGCCGCCGUCGCUCCGUCCCCGCCCUCGGCUGAAGCGUCCCCUGUAACCUCCGCCCGGAUGAUCCCGGUGACCUCCAAGAAGAAUUUGAAUUGCUCGUUGUCGAUGCCCGCCGGGAAGAUCUACCAGCAGUCAGCGCCGGUCAACGUGCCUGCGGUGCCGCCGAAGGUGAAGAAAGGCUGGGAAGAGUUCCAGAUAGAGGGAGUGGACGGAGACGGGGACGAGUACGAGAUGCUUCCGCCGCACGAGAUCGUGGCGAGGGCUUCUGGGAAUGGACCGUCGAUGAUCCCAUUCUCGGUGUUGGAGGGAGUCGGGAGGACGCUCAAGGGGAGGGAUCUGCGCCGGGUUCGCAAUGCUGUGCUGCAAAAGACAGGUUUUCUUGAUUGAGUUCCGAGAAAAAAGGUUUCUUGCACGCUCUAAAAAAUUUUGACUCUUUUAGUUAUGGAAAUGAGGAGUACGUGAUGUUCUGGGGAGAAAUUGGCGAGCUUUCGAUGAUUUAGCGUAAUAAACGAGAAUGCUUGGCCUCUACCUCCGUUUUCGUUAGGCCUCGAUCUCCAUUUUGUUCAUCAAAUCUCAUAAAUGAUAAAUGCUUGGCCCCCUUCCUCUAUUGUUAUAAUUCACCCUCGUUCUUUGCAUUAUUUCUUCCAUCCUUUAAAUUGUUAUAGGCCAUUUGGAAUUAAUAUGCAGAAUGGUAUAAAAAGAGUUCAAAUUUCUUGAAAUUUUAGGGUAGAGAGAGAGAGAGAGAGAGAACAACUUUCCUGUUGGUGAUUUAGAUCCUGAGGAAGAGCCAUCAUGGUUAGAUCGGAGAGUGCUUUCUUGUGCUUGCUUUAGUUAUUCAAAUACAACAUAUUCCUGUUUAUUGUUUCUGAAUUAUCUAUCAACAUAAUCUACCCUUGAUGUAAAAGUGAAAAAUGUAUGAUCAUGGUUUUGCUCAAUGCUAGAGGAGACUGAAGAAGCUUACAUUUUUGUUCUAAUAAGAGGUUACUUACCUUUGAUAACCAAUGUUAGAACAUGAAAAUUCUUCUAACUAGGGGUUCAUUGCCUUUGAAAUGUUUAGGUAAUGGCCUCUCUGUUACAUAUAGUCGUGUUGUGGUGGCAUGUGGUUGGACAUAGGUUUUUUGGAGGAUAGAGAGAAAAGUGUUUUCUUUUGUCAGUGAAAGUUUGGUUUUUUACUUGUUUUUUUUAAUGCUUUUCUAUAACUCGUCAUUCCUGUCGCAAUCUUUUCAUUCAAAUUGGUUACAAUUCAGCUACUUUUGUAUUAAUCUUAAACAACUGUUUCCAUUAGAACCUUAAAAAGUAUUGUGUAUGUAACUUUACUUUUCAAUGUGGUCUAGAAACCAAUUAUAUUUAUGCCAACUUAGUACUCUAGUCAUAAAUGUCUACUGUAAAAUUUUCUUCCCAGCUAAGAUACCUUUUUGCAAAUAUCUUCAUGAAUUAGAAUUAUCUGUUGCCUGUUGAAUAUCAAAAAUAUCAAAUGCCCAAUCUAUAAUACGAAAGAAUGAAAAUGAGGCCAGGUUUCCAUUUGACAUCUCAAAUAAGGAUCGCUGGCUUGGAGAGCUUGAAAUGCAAAGAUAUUUCGGUCAUCUAUUUGUUACUGAACCAUGAUAACCAUCGGAUGGCUUGAUAGUUGAUAAAACAAAUAUUUAUAUCUUCUCAUAUUGUAAAUGCCUUCCUGGACUGUAAUGUCUUCUUCUAAUUGAAGAUGCCAACAAAUAUAUUAUGCAACGAGUUGGAUGCUUCAGAGCAGGAUAAAUCGCAAUAUCUUGGCCCCACUCUCUGGAGCUUCUUUUCAUUUUUACGUUGAACUAAAGUCAUAAUUUUUAUCAUUGAUAAUUUUUGUUGUGAUUGAUGAAAUUAUCCUUAUACACACAAAAAUGUACAUCUGCAUGGAUUUUGGUGUUCUAGAGUAGACCGGAUAGCCAUAUUCUUACCUGACCUUUUGACUGCAGCAAUUUCUUCAACUACUUGCAGGUUAGUCAUUAAGUGUCUA